AUGGGGGUGGUGACGUCGUCGAUCGCCGCCAAAUUCGCCUUCUUCCCUCCGACUCCGCCGUCGUACACCGUCGUCACCGACGAGGUCACCGGCCGGCUCUUAGUCCCGGAGCUUUCGGCGUCAUUGGCGGCACUGCCGGCGGGAUCGCGGCGGCGGGUGGGGGAUGUGGACGUGUUGCGCCUGCGUACACGCAGGGGAAAUGAUAUUGUGGCCAUGUACGUGAGAAGCUUGGCGAAGGGGGGCGGUGGCGCGGCCGGGGGGCCCCUUACGCUGCUGUAUUCGCACGGCAAUGCGGCAGACAUCGGGCAGAUGGUGGAGCUCUUCCUCGAGCUCAGCAUCCACCUGCGGGUCAACGUCAUCGGGUGCGUGGAUUCAUUGGCAUGGAAACUGUGUCGCUUGCUCAUGUUAACCUAAUAAAAGUCGAGUCUCUACGAUCCUGCUGUUCGAGAGGAGGUUGCCGUUGCGCAUAACUUUGAAUCGAAUGCUUGUUUUCAUCCGUUCAAUCCGUAGCUGGCCAUUCAUCAAAUUGGUUUCUCAGUAAUGCGUUAUGCGACGGAUUGAUUUUGCCCUGAGGAAUCAGAUCUAGUUGCUAGCGAAUCUGGGAAUGUGGCAACGUGUGUUCAUCGGGGCAUAUCAUUUGGAGAUAUAGACACGGACUAUAGGAUUUUUUUGGAAUAUCUGACUUGAUAACCCGUUACUCUGCAAUAUGAUCUUGGUUUCUGUAGAAUCCUACAGAGAUAUUUGGAGGAGUAGCCUUCUGGAAAUAAUCUCAUGGAUAGAAACCUAAUUGGCGCUUAAACUAUCUGCAAUCUCCACAUUUUUUAAAUAAAAUUAGGGUUACUGACCUAUAUGCCCAAACUUUCAUGGCUGCAAAGUCUACAAUCGGAAGGGGGAUUUUGGCUGUGUCUGUGUAGGGAAGUGGAGCUUUCAGUUGGCUCGAUUAUCUUGCUUGCUCUCUAGAUUUAUGCAUGGCUUGUGAUAAUUUCAGGGUGACUCAGCAAUUUUCUGAAGAUAUAUAGACCUUGACGCCCUCUUGCUAGUGUAAAAAAAUACGGUUUGUAUGAAAUUAAAACAUUUCUUUUUUAUAAUGAAGUGCUUAUCGAAAUCAUGGGUACUCAUCCAUCGACAUAAAAAGAUUUAUUAUCUUAUGAUGCCGUGGUGUGAAUUUCUGAUAUCUGUGAGAAUGGUUUGCUUCUCUCUCCCUAGGGAGAUUAGUUUUUUGAACAGAAUGGCGGAUGUAGCUACUGAACUUGUUUGAGAGAGUGCCAGACCUGGCGUAGGCCAGUGAUUAAUGACCAGAGUAGAUUGGCAUCAGAGAUAAAUCUCGAUUGCUAGUGACGGAGAGGAAUAUUGAUUUUUUUUAUUUCGUUUAUGGCAGCCAUUGCCAUGAGGAGAUAAAUCUCUGUCUGAGGGUGUAUUCCAUUUGGGAGUCACUGAUAGUUGCCAGUGCAGAAGAAUGAGUGACUCUGUGGCUACUCCGGAGCUUCAUUCGCACUACACAACCGGCAUCAGUCUUUCCUUCUCCAGUGGUGCAUAUCUGAUGAAUUAUCAUAGUUCUUGGUGAACUUCUGGUCAAUGAUUUAAAUGAUUAUUGAUUACAUGAAGAUAUUUUCAUAGCUGCAAAUGUCUCCGGGGAUGUAUGGCUGCCUCACUUUAUGCAAAUGUGCCUCACUUCGUUGGAUGUUAUUAUUACUGUCAUUAAACCCUAUCCUACAACAGUUCUCUAAGUAUUAUUAUUGUUAUUAUUAUUUAAUCUCAUAUUUUCUGUUAUCUUAUUCUUGGAUAUUCCUUCAUUGGAUGCGAUUGCAAGGAUCUCCAAGUUUUCACUUUAGCUAAAUUUCAUAUUUUCUGCUAUCUCAUUCUCCGAUACUCCUUCAUUGGAUGUGAUUAUUAUUGCCGUGAAACUUCCAUUCUUUGGCAGAUAUCUAAGUAUUCACUUUGCUAAAAUUACUAUUCUAAAGCUCCUAUCCUACUAUAAAUCUCCAUGUAUUGAUUUAUUUUUCCUCAAAAUAUUUAAGCCCUCGUAAAUUUCCAUGCUCACUUGAGCUUCAUUGAUGCUGCAGUUAUGAUUACUCUGGCUACGGGCAAUCUACCGGCAAGGUAUGUAUGUGGGGGUCUUUACACUCUGGCCGACCCAGUUCCUCCAACGAGAUGAACUGCCUGAUUUUUGGACUUUUUUCUUAAUAAUUCAACUAAAUUCUUAUUUUUGACGCGAAUAUCCCUUUCUUCCUUGACUUGACAUUUUUUUUUUGGUGUUUUUUCCCCGCAUAAAACAGCCGACUGAAUCUAACACAUAUGCAGACAUUGAGGCGGUAUAUAGAUGUCUGACGGAACAGUACGGAACAAGGGAAGAGGAUAUCAUUUUAUACGGCCAGUCUGUGGGAAGUGGUCCAACUCUGGAGCUGGCCUCCCGUCGGCAGGCUCUGAGAGCCGUCGUUCUUCACAGCCCCAUUCUCUCCGGACUUCGGGUUCUAUACCCAGUCAAACGAACCUACUGGUUCGACAUAUUCAAGGUGAUGAUCGAUCUGUCGACGACCCAUUUCUCGCAGAUUUCUGGCGUCAAGACCCAGGAUUUUUUAUUUUUAUUUUUAUUUUUUUCAUGAUUUUCUUCUCCGCAGAACAUCGAUAAAAUCCGAUCCGUCAGCUGCCCCGUUCUCGUCAUCCAUGUGAGUUUCUGCUUCAUAUUCUUCUGAUUCACGGGAUGGAGGAGGAACUGGGAUUGAUCGUCCCUUUCCAGGGCACGGAUGACGACGUCGUCGAUUGCUCCCACGGGAAGCAGCUGUGGGAGCUCAGCAAGGAGAAGUCUGAGCCUCUGUGGCUGAGCGGCGGCGGCCACUGCAACCUCGAGCUCUUCCCGGAGUACAUCCGCCACCUGAAGAAGUUCGUCCUGGCGAUGGCCGCCCGCGGAGGCGGCGGCGCCGAGACCCACCAAGCGGACCGGCCACAGAACCGGGCGGGGAAGCGGAAGGAGGAUCCCGGCGGCGGCGCUCCGCCGGCGGCGGGCUGA